UCUUUCCCAAAGCUGGGAGGUGAAAACAACAGCCAGGCAGUUUCAUCUCUCCCCGCGGGGAACGGAAAACGCCUCGUCGAGCGCCGAGGGCUUUCGGCAGUUUCGGUCUGACACAGGUCAAACAAAGCCUGUCAAGAUGUCCAGCAAGCGGGCCAAGGCAAAGACCACCAAGAAGCGCCCUCAGCGUGCCACCUCCAAUGUCUUCGCUAUGUUUGACCAGUCACAGAUCCAGGAAUUCAAGGAAGCUUUCAAUAUGAUAGACCAGAACCGGGAUGGUUUUAUCGAUAAGGAGGAUCUGCAUGACAUGUUGGCCUCUCUUGGAAAGAAUCCCACCGAUGAAUACUUGGAGGGCAUGAUGAGCGAAGCACCUGGGCCCAUCAACUUCACUAUGUUCCUCACUAUGUUCGGAGAGAAGCUGAAUGGCACUGAUCCAGAGGAUGUCAUCCGCAAUGCUUUUGCCUGCUUUGAUGAGGAGGCUACAGGUUUCAUUCAUGAAGACCAUCUGCGUGAACUCCUUACCACCAUGGGCGACCGGUUCACCGAUGAGGAAGUUGAUGAGAUGUAUCGUGAAGCCCCCAUUGACAAGAAAGGCAACUUCAACUAUGUCGAAUUCACUCGUAUCUUGAAGCACGGAGCCAAAGAUAAAGAUGAUUAAAACUGAGAGAGAUUCUACCUUCCACUCGCCCUGUUUUAGGCCCCAGCUUCCUUGCUUCUCCUCCAUGAUUCCCAUGAUCAAGUAUCAGAAUUGGCUAACCUGAAAGGAAUGUGUUUCUAAAUAUUUUAAUAGAGAUCACCCUGAUUUAAAAGAAGCUUGGGAAAGUUACUUUUCUUGGACAACAAUUACCAGAAUCCCCCAGAUAGCAUGGCCAGUGCAGUAACUUUCCUAAGCUCUGAUCUGAAGAAUAAGCUUGUUGUAUGUUUAUAUAUAUUACCCAUGAGUUAGCACUGAUUCUUUAUUAAGCUGUUACCCAAUUCUGUAGGUUUCAUGGAGAAAGGUACUAGUAACCUCAGGUAUCCAAACAAUCUAGUUGCUAGUAUGUUUGCAGGGGAAGGAAGCUGAUACACUGUGGACACAUCAACCCAUCUGACACUCUACACUUAUUUCAUACAACUCUCCCCUGACUUAAUAUAAUUGGGCGUGAUGGGAUUGAGAUUGACAUUGGAGGCUCUGCCUUGAGGACUGACCUCUCUUCUUGCCUCUGUUUAUCAUAUAUUCAAUUCAGCACUUUUAAAACUACAAAGUAACUUAAUGUCUUUGUUUUCUCUGUCACCACAACCUUGAGAGGUUUAACACCCUAUUCUUCCCAUUUUGUAGUUAGGAAGAUGAAAUAGAUUUGGGCCUGAAACCACACUAUGACAAUUUACAUGGAAAAUUUGAGCCCAAGUCCCCCUUCUCCUCAACCAAUUGUACCAUAUUGGCUUUCACCAGUCUUUUCAUAAUGAAUCCAUUCAAAGUUAGUGGGUCACUAGUGCUACCACUGGGUUUACCUGGCUUGCUUGAGAUGCCCUCCUCCAUUUUGCACUUGUGAUGUUCUGCACACACACACACAAAUCUUAAUUUGAAUAUUAGCAGAGCACAUCUGAUAACAACACAUAGAUAUUGAAAGAGAGAUCCUCUCAACUUUCCCAUUAUUUUUCAUCAGCCCAAAUUCAGAUCAUCUUCCAUAAAUGGGUGGUGGGGGUUUGGGGUUGGCUAGAAAUCAGAUGACCAAUCCACGAUGUUUAAAGUCCUCUCUCACCUAUUCUACUUUGGCCUUAAAGCUAGUGUUUUCCAUUUCUUGCUGUCUACCUAAAAAUAGGAUGGGGGGGAGGGGUUUACAAAAAGUAAAAACUCACUUAUCUACCCUACAAUGGUUUUAAGAUAAAAUUUUGUUUCUUUUGAGGGGGCUUGCUUUUAUUUUUUUUUCCUCCUCUUUAUUUAAAAACCAGAAAUUAAGUAAGUAGAACACUGGGAACAUUUCGGAAGAUAUACUACUAUUCUUGCUCUUAUCCCAGUCAUAGUACAUGCAGUGGUUGACAACCAGGGCAAAGAUUCUGUGACUUAAAGGGAGGAAUUGAAAUUGCAUAUAAAGAGAAUGAUACAAUA